AUGCGCCCUAAAGAACCUGGUCAGAGCUGUGCUGCGGACCGGCCGGGGUCCGGCUCCGGGCCCGGGGACUCAGCAGGAGUCACCCCUGCGCCCCCGCCCUCAUCCAGUCCUGCCCUAGAGCCCUCGGCAGAGGCCGAGCCCGCCCCCGCGCAGGCACCAGGGACUGGACAGCGAGCGGGAUCCCGAGCAACCUCUGGAUCCCAGUGCCGGUCCGUGCUCGACAACUCGGAUGCGCCAUGGACCCGCUUCGUAUUUCAAGGGCCCUUUGGACCCCGGGCCACUGAUCUGGGGACUGGAAAGGCGGCGGGCAUCUGGAAGACUCCUGCUGCCUAUAUUGGCCGGCGGCCCGGCGUGUCCGGCCCUGAGCGUGCUGCCUUUAUUCGAGAGCUGCAGGAAGCCUUAUGUCCUAACCCUCCUCCAGUCAAGAAGAUCACCCAAGAAGAUGUCAAAGUGAUGCUGUAUUUACUAGAGGAGAAAGAGAGAGAUCUGAAUACAGCAGCUCGCAUUGGGCAGUCUCUGGUGAAACAGAACAGUGUGCUGAUGGAGGAGAACAGCAAACUGGAAGCCAUGCUGGGCUCAGCCAGGAAGGAGAUUUUGCACCUCAGACAUCAGGUGAACUUGCGAGAUGACCUCCUUCAGCUCUACUCAGACUCUGAGGAUGAGGAUGAGGAUGAAGAGGAGGAAGAAGAGGAAGAGGAGGAGCAGGAAGAGGAGAAGGAACACAGAAGAGAGGAAGAUCGGCAGCAUGACCAUCCCUACAAGGCCCCCAAGCCGACCCCUCAGGAGGAGUCACUGCACCACUGCCCACAGAUAGAAGCCCUGCAGCAGAAGCUCAAGCUGCUGGAGGAGGAGAAUGACCAUCUGAGAGAAGAGGCUUCUCAACUCGACACCUUGGAGGAUGAGGAACAGAUGCUCAUUCUGGAAUGUGUGGAGCAGUUUUCUGAGGCUAGCCAGCAGAUGGCCGAGCUGUCUGAGGUGCUGGUGCUCAGGCUGGAGAAUUAUGAACGGCAGCAGAAGGAGAUCACCCAGCUGCAGGACCAGAUUGUGAAGCUGCAGCAGCGCUGCAAGUCGUAUGGGGCUGAGACUGAAAAGCUGCAGCAGCAGCUGGCAUUGGAGAAGGGAAUCCACAUGCAGCUCCAGGCAGAGAGCCUGCGGGCUGGCUCCCAGAUUCAGGACCUGUGUGAGAGGUACACAGAUUGCAGGGGCAUGCUGUGUGAGUGCAAAGAGGGGGUGAAGAGCCUCCAUCAGCACCCUCCGGUGCCCACUGACUCCGUCACCCACUACGCAUACACCGUGCCUCUGGGGGCACUUCCAAAUUUCCCAGAGACCCUGGCUGAGGAGCUCAGGACAUCUCUAAGGAGAAUCAUGUCAGACCCUGCGUAUUUUAUGGAAAGAUACGACCUUCGCUACAGGGAGGAUCGAGAGCAGAAGCAGGAGUUCAAGGCUCAUAAGGGGUCUAUGCCACCAAAAGAUUUUGAGCUCGCACCUGAGGAGGACCUGGGGGGUACAGAAGAGGUGGGGCUAACUGAGGAAGGGUUAACUGAAGAGGAAGAGCUGAUGUCUGAGGAGACCGAGGCCUGGGAGGAGCUGGAGCCCGAGCUGGAUGAGGCCACUCGAAUGAAUGUGGUGACCUCUGCCUUGGAGGCCAGUGGCCUGGGCCCUUCACAUCUGGACAUGAAGUAUGUCCUCCAGCAACUGGCCAACUGGCAGGAUGCCCAUUGCAGGCGGCAGCUGAAGCAGAAGAUGCUCCAAAAAAAAGGCUCCCCAACCCUGCAGCAGGCCAAAACAAACAUGGGGGGUGGGAUCAUGGAGCGGCAGCCUUGGGUGCUGAACCAGGACUUUCUGAGGUUGGAGGAGAGGGCCAGCUACCCUCCCAGGGCCUGGGAGGAAGAGGGGCCUUCUGGGGCUACCUAG